ACUGUUUUUCAUUUGCAGAAUGGAAACUCUUAAGAGACACUUGCCAGCAGGUGACCCUGAUGGACUGUCUGUACUCACGAAAAUUGCUGCAAGAUUUGAAGAGAAGAUCUUUACUAAUGCUGAGAACCAGGCAGAUUAUUUGGGGAAAAUAUCUCUAAAGAUGCUCACUUUGGAGACAGAAUCUUCCAUGGGGAAUUCUACGGCAUCAAACCCUACUGGAGAAAAACCAACAUAUGCAAGAUUAAGGAUGGAUAAAGGUGGUUGGAUGCCCCCUCAAGGCGAGGGUGAUGUCGUUCUAAGGGAUGCUAACGAUUGGAGGACGGAGCUUUCAGCUGAUCUUAGGCAGAGGAUUGUGAAUAAGAUCACGGAUAACGACUGGAGGACAAAGCUUUCAGCUGAUUCUAGGCAGAGGAUUGUGAAUAAGAUAUUGGAAACUCUUAAGAGGCACUUUCCAGCAGGUGAUCCCAUUGGACUGUCCGUACUCACGACAAUUGCUGCAAUUUUCGAAGAGAAGAUCUUUACUAAUGCUGAGAACCAGGCAGAUUAUUUGGGGAAAAUAUCUCUAAAGAUGCUCACUUUGGAGACAGAAUCUGCCAUGGGGAAUUCUACGUCAUCAAACCCUACUGGAGAAAAACCAAAAUAUACAAGAUCAAGGGCGAAGGGAAGCAGGGACAGGCAAGGAUGCAGGAAUAGAUGGUUGUGAAUAAACCAGUGCUUUGGUCGGGUCAACUUCACUCGGUCCUUCUUACUCCGCCUUACAACACUGAGAACAAUGAACAGACCUGUAUAUUAUUGAAGUAAGAUUACAAGAGAGAUAAAAAGACGAGAGGACCCUGAGAAUGGGUCUCUCUGUGUGAGACUACAAAACAGGCUUAUGAAAAUGCCCCUUAUAUGUACCCCUUAAAUGGGAAGCGUACCACAAAGGUAGAAAAAACAAGAUCACAAUGUGUUGUUGGAUCUAAGGUUCUAUAAGGAAGUUGGAGUUGAGGUUCAAAAACGUGAUGGUGAGGUAGUUGCAGGGCGUGCUGAGGUGUCUUCCUAGCUCCAUCUUUUGCUAACAGGUCUGCGAACUCGUUUGAUGUCCUCUAAGUAUGUCUCCAUAAGAUGUUCAUACCCCUGCAUACAUGCGCAAUUUCAA